CUUCCGUGCCGAUUUCAGCAGAAGAAACGAAAAUAGGAUACGAGCGAAGAAGAUUGGACUCUGUAAAGGAGUCAUUAAUUUUUGGGCCUCUUUGAUUUUCCGAUUGUUACUCGAAUUAGAAGGAAAAAAUGUUAGAGAAAAUUGGGCUGCCUGCAAAACCAUCUCUUCGUGGGAGCAAUUGGGUUAUUGACGCAUCGCACUGUCAGGGAUGUUCUUCUCAAUUUACCUUCUUCAAUCGCAAGCAUCAUUGUCGAAGAUGUGGAGGCUUGUUCUGCAACAACUGCACCCUGCAGAGAAUGGUUCUCAGGGGGCAAGGUGAUUCUCCAGUGAGAAUCUGUGAUCCCUGUAAAACACUUGAGGAUGCAACACGUUUUGAACUUCGUUCUGGACACCGGUAUCGAGCUGGUAAAGGUGGAUCAAAGCAAGCACCUAAAUUGGAGAAUCAAGCUGUGGAGCAGAUUCUUGGUGCUGACAGAAAACAACCUCUUCAAUCAGUAGAGGAAACCAACCCUGAUGAGGGUUCUGAUCUUAAUAGUGCUUUCACCAGUGGUUCCUGUUCUACUUCACAGAAAAGCAUCACCACUCACGAGAGAAAAGAUGAUAUCCUUAGGAGUAACUCAAUUGAGGUAUGUAGACAAGGUUCAGAUGAGAUGGACACCCAAAGCCCAGACGAGUUGCGAAGACAGGCACAGGAAGAGAAGAAAAAGUAUGGUAUACUAAAAAAAGAAGGUAAAUCUGAUGAAGCACUUCGAGCCUUUAAGAGGGGCAAAGAGCUUGAAAGGCAAGCGGAUGCAUUGGAUAUUGCAUCGAGGAAGAGCCGGAAAAAGGCUUCAAGCUUUAGCAAUCGAGCUUCAAAUGAGAAAACUGAUGGGUCUGUAAACUCCACAAGUGGUACUAAGCUUUCAUCGGGAAGGGUAAAGGAAGAAAAGAAUGACCUCGCAAGUGAACUGAAAAGCCUUGGGUGGUCUGAUGCAGAUCUGCACAAUGGUGAUAAGAAGCCCAAAAAUCUCAGCUUUGAGGGUGAACUCUCAAACCUUCUUGGUGAAGUUCCUCAAAAAUCUAGUUUUGGUCAGGAAUCCAGUGGGAUUGAAAAGUCCCAGGUGCUUGCUCACAAAAGAAAGGCUCUUGUUCUUAAGCGUGAAGGUAAACUUGCAGAAGCAAAAGAAGAACUCAAGAAGGCGAAAGUUUUAGAGAAACAGUUAGAGGAACAGGAGUUUUUUGGUCAAGAUGAGGAAUCUGAUGAUGAGAUUGCUGCACUGAUCAGGAGUAUUAAUGCUGAACAGGAAGAUGAUUUACCCACGAAUAUUGAACACCACUCUGGCUUUGAUUUCACCCAGAUUCAAGACAUUGGAGAUGAUGUGGCCCUCGAAGUGACUGAUCAUGAUUUGAAUGAUCCAGAUAUAGUUGCAGCCUUGAAAUCUUUUGGCUGGGGUGAAGAAAUGGAUGAGACAGAUACCAGUGCAUGUGAUACUGCUCCUAAGGAUAGGGAAGCAUUAAAGGCUGAGGUGCUUUCCUUGAAAAGAGAAGCGCUUAGACUAAAACGUGCUGGAAAUGCUUCAGAGGCAAGGGAGAUACUAAAGAAGGCCAAACUACUAGAGAAAGACCUUGAGAAUUUGCAGUCUCAACAGGGUGACGGGCUUGGGGCCUAUGAAGAAACCAUUACAACUGCUAGUUUGACAAAGAAAAAAUCAGAUAUUCAGAGAGAGCUGUUAGGCCUCAAAAGAAGGGCUCUUGCUUUGAGAAAGGAAGGACUAGUAGAUGAAGCUGAGGCAGAGCUAAGAAAAGGGAAAGUCCUUGAACAAGAACUAGAAGAGAUGGAAAACAAUUCCAGUAGGACUACUGAAGUGAGAUUUAAUACAAAGGGUCUAAAACAGGGCAAUACAGGCAUACCUGCUGGGGAUUUGUCUGCUCGAGUGGACGAGGAUGAUGCAGAUGUAUCAGAACAAGAUAUGCAUGAUCCAGCUCUAUUAUCUCUUUUAACUAUUUUGGGUUGGAAGGACGAUGACCAGCCAGGUAUCUCCAAUUCAGAAACAGGAAAUGUCAGAAUUGAAGGGAAAGACUCAGACUCAUCUGAAAUGAUGAAAGAUCCGAGAGUGCCUAAGGAAUCUUCUGAAAAAAUAUAUAUUGAUGUUGAGUAUUCGGCUAUUAUCUCUCCUGUAAUCUCAUUCCGCCCGGUAAGAAGUAAAGCAAAUGUCCAAAAGGAAUUGUUAGGGAUAAAGAGAAAGGCUCUUGCGCUAAGAAGGCAAGGAAAGUCCGAUGAGGCGGACGAAGAGUUGCAGAAAGCCAAGGUUUUGGAGGCUGAGAUGGAAGAAAUAGAGUCUUCCCAGAAAACUCAAGUUCUGGGGAAGAAAGAUACAGAUCUUAAGGUGGAAAACCAAGGCAGUGUGCCCAUUGCCAAUAAAGAGGAACAAGGUAAGAAGGUUGCAGAGGGAGGUAUAAGUGAUGAUAUAUCAUACUCAGUAAACAUGGAUUUGACAGAGAACCAAGCUUUAACUUCAAAAGUAACUGACACUCAGUCAGUGCAAAUACUCGAUCUUCUAUCUGGGGAUGCUUAUACGACAAACAAUUUGAAUUCAGCCCCAAUCAUUUUACCCAACGACAAUCAUUCUGUUCAUCAUGAUGCUUCUGAAUUUAUUGUAGAAACUCAAGGACCAUCAAGCAAACCAGCUGAAAUCCUCAAAUCAGUGGUUCAUGUAUCAGAAAAAUUGUCCACUCCUAAUGAGAGGGGAGAACAGUUUGUUCAAGCCAUGGAGAGUAGCCUUAUCCAUGAAGAGGAUGCUGCUAAUGAGAGGAGAGAGAAGUUGGCUGAACCCAUGGAGAGAAAGCAUGUCCAUGAAGCAGAUGCUUCAAUAGAAACAAGUGCUCCUAAGAUCUCUCUCGCUGUUCCUAGUGACCGAAACUCUUCUCAGCUAGCUGUACUUGCUCAUAAAAAAAAUGCUCUAGCACUUAAAAAAGAAGGGAAGUUAGCAGAAGCCAAAGAGGAGUUGAGGCAGGCUAAGCUCCUAGAGAAGAGCAUAGAAACAGGCCAAGUUGCCAAUACUACACCAUCAGUCUCCACUUCAGAUGAUAUUUCAAACAUUAAAGAGGAAAAACAAAAUCAACCCCGAAGACCUAUUUCAAGUCGUGAUCGUUUCAAAUUACAGCAGGCAUCAUUGGCACACAAGCGCCAGGCCCUUCGACUGAGAAGAGAGGGCCGGAUAGAGGAAUCAGAAGCAGAAUUUGAGCUUGCGAAGUCCCUUGAAGCACAAAUGGAGGAGAUAGAUGGCUGUGGCUUGGAGGCUGAUAAGCAUGGGGCUAAUGAUGUUGAGGCAGGAGAUGAAGCCAUAGUUGAUGAUCUUCUUGAUCCUCAACUCUUGUCUGCACUACAGGCUAUUGGAUGGAAUGAUGCACAUACUUUCUCAAAGAAUCCAAAUAACUCUUCAGAAGCCGAAGUGAAGGCGCCAUCAAAGCCACAUGCGAUACGGAUUAGUAGUAUUGGGGCGAAAGGAAACUCUAGUGUUGAGAGAGCUAAUCUGGAAGAAAAGAUGAAAGCAGAGAGAAUGCAAGCUUUCAAUUUGAAAAGAGCAGGGAGACAACCUGAAGCAUUAGAAGCACUUCGUCGGGCCAAGCAAUUUGAGAAGAGACUAAAUCAAUUGUCAUCAUAACUUCGUGAUGUACAUGUACAUUAUUUCAAAUUUAUUGUAUAGGACCUGACAAUAUUUAUAGGAUGCAAUGAAACUUAAUGGGUUUUGUUAGUUUGU